AUGGCCCACGGCAAUCUGACUGCAUUUGUCAUCACAAAUAAACCACAAUGGACACAUUGUUACCUGACAGCUGUUGGCAAAUCUAUUCCGUUGUGCGAGGUCGAGUCGCACAACUGGAGCUGUUGGAGCGGUGAUCUAUCAGAGAGCAAGCCACGACUGUGUGUGCCCAGAGCGACUCCCUGCGCUAAAUGUGAGAUGGGUUGUUUGGGCGGGAGGGUCAAACUGCUUUUGAUCGCCACCACCGGGGUCGUGGAGUGCCUGGGCUUUGCGGGAUUGUUCGCCGGCUGGCCUUCCCUGGUCCUCGUACUGAUGAAUGAAGAUUACUUCGCUGACCUCUGUCUCUCGCUGCGUAACUCCACCGAUCCUGAGCCGAGGAAUGACACCGACGCCUGUGUUCUGCAGGAUGACCGCUUCACUCUCAUCUUCACGAUCGGCUAUUUCGUUAGGAACUUCGCAGCCGUGGUCAACGGGCUCCUGCUAGACUACUAUGGCAUCUUGGUGUCCCGGCUCCUGGGCAUAUUCCUGUUCACUGCAGGCACGCUCCUGAUCGCAUUCUCCACUGCGGCAUCGGCCCUGCUGAUUUUCCCCGCGUUCGCGUUAAUAGAAGCUGGAGGAAUGUUCUUACUGACAACAAACAUCAAGGUUGGAAAUUUGUUUGGGAGGAAGCGUGCCACCGUAAUCACCAUGUUCACCGGGGCUACCGGUUCUUCGGCAAUCAUCUUCCUGUUGGUCAAGGUGGCGUUUGAAGCUGGCUUCUCCCUGAGGGCAAUAUUCCUGUUCAUCAGUUGUCUGAGCGUCCUGCUCCUCCUACGCACGGUCUGUCUCCUUCCUUGGAAACACAUUCCCUAUCCACUGCCGGAGGGCUUCACCUACGGGGUGACAUGUGAAAAGGUUGGACUAAUGCUACGUAAGAAAGUGCUUGCUCAGCGGAGGAAUUCUACCAAAACAGCGGAUCAGUUGGAGGGAGACGGGGACGAGAGAGGUAUCAAGAUUGAGGUAGAUGCCAGAAAGGGAGGGGGGGAAAUGUGGGGAAGGGAAGAUGAGAACGAUCUGACGGAGCGUGACGAGGGAAAAGGAAGGGGAAAGACAGAGGGCGGGAUGGAAACGUGGAGGGGAGAGACGGAGAGGGAUAUGAGUGAGGGGAGCGGAGAAAAGGAGCAAGUGUGCAGUAGAGGGUCGGAAAGAGAGAAUAAAGAGAGGGGAAGCGAGAGCGAGUGGCAGAAUGGAGAGAGUAGGGGAGUGACGGAAGGAGAUAAGGAAUAUGACAGGGGAGAGACGGAGGGGGAAGGAGAAACGCGGAAAGACUGGAGGGAAGAGAUACAGGAAGAAAAUGGGGAGGUGAGCAAUGGCAUGGACAUGGUCGUGGUGAAAUGCAGGACGAGAGGAUAUCCGGAAGCGCGAAGAGGAGAGACGGAGGGAAAAAGUGAUGAAGCGGUGGAGACGGAGAGGACAUCGGGAGCUGGACAUGAACAGCCGACUGCUGGAGUGAAUCUGCAGCACAACGAGGCAGGAGGUUCACAAGGCAACGAGAACGAGGAAGAGGUCCCCUCUUUCCGAAGUUGUGUCUUCUCUGGACUAUUCUUCACCACUCUGUUCUGGUUCUCCAUCCUCCAGCUGCGCUUCUCCUUUUUCAUCGGCAGCCUGAAUCACCUGCUCAACCUCAUGACGGACGGUGACUCCGAGCUAGUCAACAGGUUUACGAACGCCUUUGUCAUCACCCAGUUGUUCAGCAUUCUGUUCGCUCCUUGGAACGGACUAAUUAUGGACAGGCAUAAAUGGAGAUGCUGGCGUUUGAAAGCAGGCUCAGGCUCGGUAACCUCCCAGAGAAAGGCCGACAUGCAGACGGCGGUCCUCUCUCUCGCCAUAACUGUCAUGCUGUCGGUGCUGUUGUCCGUCACUGCCGCCAUUCCGGUCCCAGAGGUUCAAUACCUGACGUUCGUUAUUUUCGUGGUCAACCGGGCGUUCCUGAUCGGGGGGCUCGGCGCGUUCCUCGCCAUGACGUUCCCUACUUGUCACUUUGGGAAACUACACGGAAUAGCACGGGCACUGAAUGCCAUUGUCUCCCUGCUCCAGUAUCCUUUGUUCAUCCUCGUUAAUGGUGCCUUGCAGGACAAUCCGUUAUACGUGAACAUUGGAUUUAUCGUUCUGGUAUCCUUGGCAUUUGUCCACCCAAUCAACGUUUACCUCUACUGCCGGCGGGCUGAUCAGCAGAGGAGAGUGUAAAGCUGGAUAGAG